GCCAUAGCAACCGCUUGUGGCAAUGAAUACAGAAACACGGUAAUAGCUGCUUUCAGCCAUCACAGGCAUAGUACAGAGGUGUAUUGUCGAGGAUGAACGCCCAAACAGUAGGUCCAGCUCCCGUCAUGAAUCCGGAACCAUACAAUGCCCAAGCCCCUGUUUAUCAUCAGGCUUCACUACCAACGGUUGUUGGUCAACCUUUCGAACACCAGCCAGUGGUUGAACCAAAGACCAGGCGAGAAAUCUCCUUCUUCGCAGAAGAGGAUCUGUAUCUUAUGAGUCCUCCUGUGAAGGUUGAAUAUACGGACAUUUUUAAAGAGGCAGACGGCGCAAAUAGCUUCGACAAACUUGCUGAAAUUAGUGGAUUCGUCUUCAAAUGGACACAGCUAGGAAUAUACCGUUUCUUCAGCAUAAUUCUAGGCAUUGUUCUGGUGUUUUUCUGGGGGAUCAUUUUUGCCCUCAUCAACUUCAUCACGGUAUACACCAUCCAGCCCGCCAUCAAGCUAUACUUCGUCUGUCUGCGGCCGGGUGCCCUGUUAUACAGAGCAGUGGUGCGUUCUUACUUGGACCCACUGUGGCAGUCCAUCGGCCUGGUAUUCUCCAGGGUGAACGGCAGGUUUACCUUCAACCUCAAAGGCCUUCAAAAUCAGAAGACCGCGCAAGCCGCCAUCGAGGAAGUUUAAAAUGCAGGCUGGGGUUUCGAAAAAGCUGUCGGAAGAACAUACCGGUAGCAAACCACAGUGACCCACUUUAAAGAAUGUUUGUAAAGCACCCAUGAUGUUGCUGUGUUUGUGUUGUGUCAACAUAGCUGAUAACUCGUGUGACAAGUUCUUAAUGUGGUCCAUAAUCGUGUUGAGUUACUACUCAUAGGAAGGUUUAACUACAAUGGCAUAACAAAGGCAUUUUCUUUGGGGGUGUGCCAGUCAAUUUGCCGACUUGUAACUUGUUCAAGUUAGCCAACCUCCGGUGCCGUGUAAAAUUCACAAAGUGAUGCGUGGUACACUACAUUUCAAACUUCUGGGUAAAUGCUGACGGCCAACGUUUAUCGUUUAUGUAUUAUUUUUUGGAUUCAUUUGCCGAUCGAAGCUGUAUUUGCCGACUGGAAUUAAUUGAACACCCCUCGGUCGCCACGCCCCUGUUUAACUAUCAUGGUGUAUGUUGUUGAGAUUUCUUUUCAGUAUAAUAGGAGAAAGCAACGCUUUGGUUGUGAAUUUUAUAUUUUGUGAAUGAAUGGUUUGAUAAAUGGGGCAUAAAUUUCAAAGGAAAUCGGGGCUCAUAGUUUACCUUAGUAAAACCACUAUGACAGAGAUAGGCCUAGUGGGUCUUGCUCCGUUUAAUAUCAUUUGAACGUGUCGGUACUAAAAACAGUGUGUCUUUUCGUUCGGAUUUUUUUUUAUAAUAGACUUGGUUGACUUUUUUGCUACAAAGAAGCAAGAGUACUUUAAAAAAAAGUACUCUUGGUAUGUUAUUAUAAGACAUGUCCAGACAAUAUAAAGCGAAGGCAGAGGAAAGGGCUAGUUGUAGCUCAUGUUGUGUGUUGUGUUUUGUAUACUAAAAUAUUUUAACGGUUCACCGUCCUCCGGUUUGCUCGCACAAAAUGUCACGUACCACAUUUUCUUCCUCAGAAAAAUUUAUGCCCAGAACGAGUUGAGCAAAAACAUCAAUCAUCAUUUUUUGCUUGUGUGUUGUCGAUGCUGUAACUUUUCAACUGAUAUAUACACCAACUCUUAUUUCUUCACUCUGGAAAAGAUAAAACUUUUUUUUUUGCAUCACUGAACAUUUGCCAAGUAAAUUUGGUAAAUUUCAUUAUACAAAUGACAGGCAAGGCGACAUUACUUUCGUCUCAAAUUUAUGGCGAGAUUUUGAAGAAACACUUUAUUACAAAGACAAAAUUUUAAUGUAUGAACUUGAAUAAUUAAAGUUAAGCAAUGUUGAAUGAAAAUGCAAUCGACAUCAUAACGUUUUUAACCACGUUUAAAAUUCGAAAACAUUUCGUUAUAGUUAGAGUAAGUUUGAAAUUAGGCAUUUGGUGGAUGCAGGGAUAAACAAGACAACAUAUUCAGGUUUUUUUGUUUAAGCGCACAAAUAAUUCUGAUAUACGGUGUAAGAUUUACAAGUACCUGCAAGAAGGAAGGUAGAUGGUUUCAGUAUGGCUUCCGUAUGGUUUGAAAUUUUAUUGUCCAGCCUUUGUGGCAUUUGUAGAAGGGAAAAUUAUGAGUAUGACAUGUGUCAAGUCCUUCAAAACCUGUUGGGGUUCUGGAUAGUCAUGUCGAAUCAGAAAAGGUAGAAACCAUUCGCAGCAAAACUGGUGUCUCCAAAUUCCACAAGUUUCUUGGCCCUGGUAGCUAUAACCAUAUAUUAGCAUAUUGCUAAGUUAUGGUGAAAUGGAAUAGAACUGGAAUAAUUUAUCUGCUUUUAACGUUGUAGGAAUCAUUUACAAACAGGACACGCUUGUUACCAAGAAAUGAACAACGUAAACUUGUUUUAUAUUGAGGCUGCUAAAGAUUUUACUGUAUGCAGAGUCAUUGCUUGGCAACUGCAAUAAAAGCAGACUGUACGCACAACAGUGCACAAA